AUGACUCCUAUCACUCCAAUAACAGAUGAACAAAUUGCCAUUAUGUUCAGCUUAUAUAGGGUUUCAUUUCGUUUAAGUUUUGCAGCCUUAUUCUGCGAUAUAGGUUAUUCUGGUCAUCUUUUGGCUAAUCUUUUUUAUAAUACUCCCGGGUUCUUUUGUGGAUACAUAAUUUGGGCAACGGUGUUUUUCCUUCAUACUUCUACAUUUUUAAUAAGACAUUGGUUUCUUCGAUUGUCAAAAGGAUCGUCUGGAUUACUGAAUGCAUUGGUAUUUUCUCAAGAUAUUGCUGUUACUCGUGCUUUCCAAGCUAUUAAACUACGAUGGUGGAUCACCAAUGUUAACUUUUAUGAGUCUCAUUAUCCUCAUCGAUCUCACAACAAAUCCAUUAGAGAUGCGUUCGGGACGCAAGGAAAAUCCAAUGAUUUUGUUGAAUUGCAAACUCUAAAUCACAAUAAUUCUGAUAUCACUAAAAAAUGGUUAAGAUACAUGCUAUUGAUUAAACUUUUUUCUCCUCCAAAAAAUUCAUCUUUAUUAAUUUCAUCUAAACAUUCAUUAUCGACCAAUUCUUCUAAUGCCGAUAAACCUAAUGCCACUUCUCUACUUGGAAAGGAUUAUUUCAAGAAUUAUAUAACUCUUAAUAAUCAAAAUGAUGAUCAAGAUAUUCAUUUAUAUAAUCCUGAACCUGUUCAUUUAAAUGACCCUUCUCAAUAUUCCUCAUUGUCAUCCGAUCUCUUGACAGGCAACUAUAGAACUAAUCAAAUUAAUCAAACCUAUAUAAGCAAGAUAAAUAAUGCAAAUGGAAUAGAUAUAUCAAAUUGUGCGGUUGAUGAUGAUGAAGGACGGAUGGAUGUUGUACUUGUUAAUUAUGAACCAACAAAAAGAAUAUCGGGAUUUACCAAAAUAUUUAGUUCAGACAUCGAUUUACCUCGAGAAAUUGAAACUUUUGAACCAAUAUUAAAAAUGUUAUAA